AUGGCGCACUCCUAUUACCCCUCUAAAAUUCGUAAGAUUUUCUCUUCAGAGUCCAGUCCACUGUCCAUUGUGCCAACCAAGAAAAAAGUUCACUUUUCAGGCCUCCAAUUUUCCUGCCCACUUUCCGAGAAAAUGCGGAAGAAACGCUGCGUUCCGGAGGUCCUCCGCCGGUUAUUCCAUAACCGGCCGCUCACAUUGGCCGACGCCAUCACCUCCUUACUCCCUCCUCAUUCCUCGUCGUCAGUCCCCGACGACUGUCGUUUUUGCAAGGGCAGCCGUUGCCUCAGCUGCAGCGGGCCCAACGGCAUGUCGUUCAUUCUCCGACCCAACGACCCUUCCGAUUACUGCAACCUCCUCAACCACUGCUACGUCGUCUGGGAACGCGCCCCUACGCUUGCUCACUUUUCCCCCGACUCUCAUUGGUCCCAAAUUGAGAUUGUGAGAGCGGUGAUUGAAGUGAUGAUGCUUGAGCAACCUCUGUCUUCCAAUGUGAUAUGUACUGGUUAUGAUAAGUGUAAUCAGUCAAGCCCCAUUGUGGAGCUUCUAAAUUCUUCGGCUUGGUGUCUUCUAUUAGAAAGGCGUAAGAAACAUGAGCAGGUCACAGGUCUUCCUAUCAGUAACUUAUGUCCGAAGAAGUUGAAGCCUGCACCGCAGGCACUACAUCAACAGUCAUUGCAAAAUCCAUGUGGACCCCGGAAAAAGAGGGAAAGAGAUGAUAACAUACAGUCAAUGUUGAAGAGACAGCAGCUCGGUAGUUCUUUCAGCACUGAUGAAACAUUCAGUUCUGUUACCUGCAGUGAUAGUGGAUUUGAUAGGAAUAAGCAUGGCCAUACUGAAGCAGCUAUGGAAACAACCAGCACUGUUAGCGAUGGCGAUGAGGGUAAUUUAAAUCAUGAACUUCAACAGAGUUCAGAAAGGCUUAAGAAGCGUAAAAGACCAUUUAGAUGGCAGCGCUGCAGGAAGCGCAGACAAUUAACUUCUCAAGAAACCAGCGUUAAGGGUCCUUUCACAACAGUUCUUGCUGACAAAGAGAGCUUACCUGGCAGGCUUUCUUGUUGCUUGAAACCGAGCUCAGGUCUUCAUGAUACAAAGUGCUCUUGUUUGGGGUUCCAAGUUGCACAAAAGGUUGCCAAAGGGGCUGAAAUAGACAGAAAAUCCAUGUUCUUUAACUUGGAACGCUCAUUAUCAGUUUUCCCCAAAAGACAUGUGCUGAAUUCUGUAAAGCCCAAUUCUGUCGGUGCAGAGUCUCUUGUUAAGUGUAUUUUUGGCAUGUCGGACAUAGAAAGUGCUCUGUCCAAGAUAUGUCCUCAUGGAAGUGGUCCUUGUCUCAUGGGUUCUGCAUGCCUGCAUCACUCACUUGUUAAGUCGCUUAAAAUUCUCAUACGCAGAGCUCGGCAUUGCCAUCAUUUGAGAUUAUUGGAGAAGCAUUGUUUUAUUACAUCUCCAAAUCCGAAUGCUAUUAAAAAUUCUGGUUGCAUCUUUGAGGGAGAAAGGCGGGGUAACAGUGUACUGAAGAAAUCUCAGUGUUGUACUACUGAUUCUUGCAAUGGUUCUCCAGCAGCCAUUGAUUCUCAUUCUGAGGCAAUUAAGUCUUACUGCUUGAAAAGUCAGGUGGUGUCCUUUGUAUGGGCUGUUUGUAGGAGUAUUAUUCCACCAGAUUUGCUAGGAACUCCUUCUAACUGGAGAAUGUUGAGGAGAAAUAUUUCCAAGUUCAUUUGUCUUAGAAGAUUUGAAAAUUUUUCUUUAAAGCAAUGUAUGCAUAAAUUGAAAACAUCUAGGUUCCCAUUUUUAUCAGAUAAACAGUAUUUCUGCUGCAUGAAUAAUCAGGCACCAAAAGGCGUAGAUGGAAAAAGUUCAGAAAUUAAUAAAGGAUCCACUAAAUUGAAUGAUGCCGCACAUCUUGUAAAACAAAAAGUCUUAGAAAGCUGGAUUUAUUGGUUCUUUUCAUCUAUAAUUGUUCCUUUGUUGCAAGCCAACUUCUAUGUCACUGAGAGUGAGAAUGGGAAGCAAGAUUUAUAUUACUAUCAAAAGUCAGUGUGGGAGAAAGUGAAGAAUAAGACCGUUACUUGCAUGAAAGCUCAGAACUAUCAUUACUUGGAUACUGCAACAACUAGAAGGAUUAUAAGAAAAAGAUUGUUUGGUUUUUCAAAGCUCCGGAUUUGUCCAAAAGAAUAUGGAGUGAGGUUGCUAGCAAAUUUAAAAGCAUCAUCAAGAAUGCCAAGGCAAGAGUUCUAUUUGGGAGAUCGGUCCGGUGGAAGACUAGGAAGAACAAAAAUGCAUCAGAGAAGGGUCAGAUUUGAACAUUUUAAGUCAGUGAAUCGUGUUCUUCGUGAUACACAUGCUGUUUUAAAAUCUAUACGAUUCAAGGAGCCAGAGAAGUUAGGUUCAUCAGUGUUUGAUUACAAUGAUGUCUACAGAAAGUUGUGCCCUUUUGUAAUUGGUUUGAAGAAUGGAUCGGCAAUGAUGCCUGAUGUAUUUAUUGUUGUUUCUGAUGUGUCAAAAGCCUUUGAUUCUGUUGACCAGGAUAAGCUGCUUUGUGUAAUGAAAGAUGUCCUAAGAACAGAUGAAUACUUUCUCAAACAUGCUUAUGAAGUUCUUUGCACAAAGAAAUCUUUGUGGGUUCAUGAGAAGCCUAUAUUAGUGGAUCAAAAUACCAGCUCGAGAUUUAAAUCUUCUGUCGUACACCGAUCAUUGCACAGUGUCCUUGUUAAUCAGUUUGUGUACUUUGUAUAUUCAUGA